GACUGGUCUACCGUGAUGCCGGCCGCCAUGUGUGCCAGCUGUGGUUGGAGGAGUCCGGACACGUACAUCAGGCACUGUGUCAGCCUGUUAGGACUUAGGACUGUGCACUGCAGCAUCACACACAGUGAGCGGAGGAUACAGAGUCUGUACGAGGUGUACAGACAGGACACUCACCCGGCCUCUCCUCUCCUCACUGAUCUUCUGACUCCUCCCCCUGACAGCACAGGAAGAGGUUCUGGUGGAGGAAGAUGUGCUGCACUGGAUGAAGAAGACCGGAUAAUGGAGGCCAUAGAUGAUUUCUUUCCUGAAGAACAAGUCACCCAGAAAAGGAAAAAGUCUAAAAAGUUAAAGGAAAAUAAAUUGACCAAGACAAAAAGAAGGAAAAAAGAGGGAAGCGACGAGGAUCUGUCAGAAAUCGAAGAUGAACUGGAGAUGGAGAAGUCAGAAAGUGACAGCAGCGACUACGCCCCCAAUAAGAAAAAGAAGAAAAAAAUUAAGGAGAAGAAAGAGAAGAAAUCAAAACGGAAAAAGAAAGAUGGAGAAAACGAAGACAACGACGAUGGAGGAGUAAAGGAGCCAAAGACUUCGGCGCAGCUGAUGGAGGAAUGGGGGCUGGACAAUGUGGACUAUGGCUUCUCUGAGGAAGACUACCAUACACUGACCAACUACAAGGCCUUCAGUCAGUUCCUCAGACCUUUAAUAGCAAAAAAGAACCCUAAGAUUCCGAUGUCCAAGAUGAUGACCGUGCUGGGUGCCAAAUGGCGAGAGUUCAGUGCCAAUAACCCGUUAAAGGGCAGCUCAGCAGCGGCAGCUGCGGCAGCUGUCGCUGCUGCUGUGGAGACUGUGACGGUCGCCCCUCCGGUGUUAGCUGCUCCUCCGCCACCUGCUCUACCACCGCCGAUAAGGAAGGCCAAGACCAAGGAAGGGAAAGGGCCCGGUGUUAGGAAAAAAACGAAAUCCAAAGAUGCAAAGAAGAAAGGGAAAGGAAAGAAACUUGCAAAUCUAAAGUUUAAAUUUGGAGGAAUGGCGAGUAAACGGAGAAAAGGUUCUUCGAGUGAAGAGGAUGAGAGAGAAGAGUCGGACUUUGACAGCUCCAGUAUUAACAGCUCCUCUGUGCGGUCGGAUAUUUCCGGUGGUCUGGGAAAGAGAGGAAAACGGGGGAAAAAGAAAAGUAAAAGAAUUGAAGUUGCUGAAGGAGACGGAUAUGAAACAGACCACCAGGACUACUGCGAAGUCUGUCAGCAGGGAGGAGAGAUAAUCCUUUGUGACACGUGUCCUCGUGCCUAUCACCUUGUGUGCCUGGACCCAGAGCUGGAGAAAGCCCCCGAGGGCAAGUGGAGCUGUCCACACUGUGAGAAAGAGGGCAUCCAGUGGGAGCCGAAGGAAGAAGAGGAGGAUGAGGAGGAGGUUGGAGAGGAGGAAGAUGAAGACGACCAUAUGGAGUUCUGUCGUGUCUGUAAAGAUGGAGGGGAGCUGCUGUGCUGUGACACCUGCCCCUCCUCCUACCAUUUGCACUGUCUUAACCCACCUUUGCCUGAAAUACCAAACGGGGAAUGGCUAUGUCCACGCUGCACUUGUCCGCCUUUAAAAGGCAAAGUUCAAAGGAUUCUUCAUUGGGUAUGGAGAGAGCCGCCCGCCUACCUAUCAGAACCUCCAGGAGAGAUCGAUCCCCUCAUGCCCCCACCGAAGCCCGUCGAAGGUAUUCCGGAACGGGAGUUUUUUGUCAAGUGGGCAGGACUCUCCUAUUGGCACUGCUCGUGGGUGAAAGAGUUACAGCUCGAGCUUUACCACACGGUGAUGUUCCGGAAUUACCAAAGAAAGAACGACAUGGACGACCCGCCACCGUUCGAUUAUGGAUCGGGGGAUGAGGAUGGCAAGAGCGAGAAACGGAAAACAAAAGACCCUGAAUAUGCAAAGAUGGAGGAAAAGUAUUAUCGCUACGGCAUAAAGCCGGAGUGGAUGAUGAUCCACCGGAUAAUGAACCACAGCUUUGACAAGAAGGGAGACGUCCAUUAUCUGAUAAAGUGGAAGGACCUGCCCUAUGACCAGUGCACGUGGGAAAUCGAUGACAUUGACAUCCCGGAUUAUGAGGGUCUGAAGCAAGCAUACUGGGAUCACAGAGACUUAAUGUUGGGAGAAGAUUCCAGAUCCCCGAGUCGAUUUAGGAGAAACAAGAGAUCAAAGGAAGAAGCGUUAGAGAAGCCUCCAAUAACACCGGUAGUUGAUCCUACGGUUAAGUUCGAUAAGCAGCCCUGGUACAUCAACGCGACCGGUGGUACAUUGCACCCGUAUCAGCUGGAAGGACUGAACUGGCUGAGGUUCUCGUGGGCGCAGGGCACGGACACCAUCCUUGCAGACGAGAUGGGUCUUGGGAAGACUGUCCAAACCAUCGUGUUCCUCUACUCCCUAUACAAAGAGGGACAUUCCAAGGGUCCUUACCUGGUCAGCGCUCCCUUGUCCACAAUCAUCAACUGGGAACGGGAAUUUGAGAUGUGGGCGCCAGAGUUUUACGUUGUGACUUACACGGGUGAUAAGGACAGCCGCGCCGUCAUCAGAGAGAACGAAUUCUCCUUCGAGGAUAACGCCAUCAAGAGCGGGAAGAAGGUUUUCCGAAUGAAAAAAGAAGCUCAGAUAAAAUUUCACGUUCUCCUCACAUCAUAUGAGCUGAUCACCAUUGACCAUGCGAUUCUGGGCUCCAUCGAAUGGGCAUGUCUGGUGGUGGAUGAGGCUCACCGACUGAAAAACAACCAGUCAAAAUUCUUUAGGGUAUUAAAUAGCUAUAAGAUUGACUACAAACUGCUGCUAACUGGAACCCCGCUGCAGAAUAACCUGGAGGAACUCUUCCACCUUCUCAACUUCCUCACCCCGGAAAGAUUCAACAAUCUGGACGGUUUCCUGGAAGAAUUUGCUGACAUCUCUAAGGAGGACCAAAUAAAAAAACUCCAUGACUUACUGGGGCCUCACAUGCUGCGGAGGCUGAAAGCAGAUGUCUUCAAGAACAUGCCAGCCAAAACAGAGCUGAUAGUACGAGUGGAGCUCAGCCAAAUGCAGAAGAAAUAUUAUAAGUUCAUUUUAACCAGAAAUUUUGAAGCCUUGAAUUCCAAAGGAGGUGGGAACCAGGUGUCCCUGCUGAAUAUUAUGAUGGACUUGAAGAAGUGCUGUAACCACCCAUACCUCUUUCCUGUUGCUGCUGUGGAGGCCCCAGUAUUGCCAAAUGGCUCCUACGAUGGGAGUUCCUUAGUGAAAUCCUCGGGGAAAUUGGUGCUGCUACAGAAGAUGUUGAAAAAGUUAAAAGACGAAGGACACAGAGUUCUCAUUUUUUCUCAGAUGACUAAAAUGCUGGAUUUACUUGAAGAUUUUCUCGAGUACGAAGGCUAUAAGUACGAGCGGAUAGAUGGAGGAAUCACAGGAGGGCUGCGUCAGGAGGCAAUUGACAGGUUCAAUGCCCCAGGUGCUCAGCAGUUUUGUUUCCUAUUAUCGACUCGCGCUGGAGGAUUGGGGAUAAAUUUGGCUACGGCCGACACUGUCAUCAUUUAUGACUCGGACUGGAACCCCCACAAUGAUAUACAGGCCUUCAGCCGCGCUCACAGAAUUGGGCAGAAUAAAAAAGUCAUGAUCUAUCGGUUCGUCACCAGAGCGUCCGUAGAAGAAAGGAUCACCCAGGUGGCAAAGAGAAAAAUGAUGCUGACCCAUCUGGUGGUCCGGCCCGGUCUGGGCUCCAAAUCCGGCUCCAUGACUAAGCAGGAACUGGACGAUAUCCUGAAGUUUGGGACAGAAGAACUUUUCAAGGAUGAAAUUGAAGAACAUCACUCUGGCAACUUAACAAUAUGCAAGAAACCUGGUGACAAUAAGGACGUUGAAGACAGCAGUGUCAUCCAUUAUGACGACGUCGCCAUCUCCAGACUCCUUGAUAGAAACCAAGACGCCACCGAGGACACGGAAAUCCAGAACAUGAAUGAGUAUCUGAGCUCUUUUAAGGUGGCUCAGUAUAUGGUGCGAGAGGAAGAUGGCGUGGAGGAGGUAGAACGGGAAAUUAUAAAACAAGAAGAGAACGUAGAUCCCGAUUACUGGGAGAAGCUUCUGCGUCAUCAUUAUGAACAGCAGCAGGAAGAUCUCGCGAGGAAUCUGGGGAAAGGGAAAAGAAUCCGCAAGCAGGUCAACUACAAUGACGCGUCGCAGGAGGACCAAGAAUGGCAGGAUGAACUUUCUGAUAACCAGUCAGAAUAUUCCAUUGGUUCGGAGGAUGAAGACGAAGACUUUGAAGAGAAGCCUGAAGGUCAGAGUGGGAGGAGACAAUCGCGGAGACAAUUGAAAAGCGACAGAGACAAGCCUCUUCCUCCUCUUCUCGCCCGGGUUGGAGGAAACAUUGAGGUUCUUGGGUUCAAUGCCCGACAACGUAAAGCCUUCCUGAACGCUAUAAUGAGGUGGGGGAUGCCCCCGCAGGAUGCCUUUAAUUCACACUGGCUGGUGCGGGACAUCAGAGGAAAGAGCGAAAAAGAAUUCAGGGCCUACGUCUCUUUAUUCAUGAGACACCUCUGUGAACCCGGGGCGGAUGGGGCCGAAACCUUUGCGGACGGCGUUCCCAGGGAAGGACUUUCUCGCCAGCACGUCCUGACCAGGAUCGGAGUCAUGUCACUGGUUCGAAAGAAGGUUCAGGAGUUUGAACAAGUGAACGGCAAGUACAGUACACCGGACAUGAUUGCCGAGGGGGCAGAGAGCAAGAAAUGCUUUGACGUCAUUUCAUCGGAUCCCACCACGCCUGUACCGGCCAGUCCGGCCCCCCCACCGCCAGGAGCAGCCCCGGUGCCAGAAAAAGUAGAGACACCGAGCACAUUGUCCGAAGAGACGGAAGCUGCGGAGCAGAAGACCAAGCCUUUGGAAGUUCAGCCUCCGACCAAAUUGGAAAAGGAAGACGCUGAGGAGAAACCAGAAUGUCAAGAAAUCAAAGAAAAACCAAAAAAGGAAUCCGGGGAGGAAGAGGAGGAGAAAGAGGUUGUGAGCCAGAGUCCCAAAGAAGAAAUCCCUCCUGAAGAAAAGGCCACAGACAAGGUCGGACCAAACAACGUACCAAACAAAGUAGAAGACAAGGAACCAAAAUCAGAGGAGGAGAACAAACCAGACGAAAAAGAGGAAAUAUCGAAUCAGCAGAAUGGAGACAACUGUAUAAAACAAGAAGAAGAAGAAGGGAAGCGAGACGAUAGCGGGAAAUUUAAAUUUAUGUUUAAUAUCGCAGAUGGCGGUUUUACAGAGCUUCACACAUUAUGGCAAAACGAAGAAAGAGCCGCCAUCACUUCUGGCAAAAUCUAUGACAUAUGGCACCGGAGACACGACUACUGGUUACUGGCUGGAAUUGUGACACACGGCUACGCUCGCUGGCAGGAUAUCCAGAAUGACCCCCGCUAUUUAAUUCUCAAUGAGCCUUUUAAGUCCGAGAUCCACAAAGGAAACUACCUGGAAAUGAAGAAUAAGUUUCUUGCCAGGAGGUUUAAGUUGCUGGAACAGGCGUUAGUCAUUGAAGAGCAACUCCGAAGAGCGGCGUAUCUGAAUAUGAGCCAGGAUCCGAACCACCCCGCCAUGGCGCUGAAUGCCCGACUGUCCGAAGUGGAAUGCCUUGCUGAGAGCCAUCAGCAUCUCUCCAAAGAGUCCUUGGCAGGGAACAAGCCGGCCAAUGCUGUACUACACAAAGUUCUGAACCAAUUAGAGGAGCUGUUAAGUGACAUGAAAGCUGACGUGACGCGGUUGCCCUCCAUGCUGUCUAGGAUACCGCCCGUGGCUGCUCGCCUGCAGAUGUCUGAGCGCAGUAUACUUAGCAGGUUGACCAACCGCGGAGGCGACACCACGGUCCAGGGAACGUUUGGAUCCUCGCAGAUGUACAACAACAACUUUGGCCCAAACUUCCGAGGACCUGGUCCAGGCAGUAUUGUCAACUACAGCCAGAUGCCCCUGGGGCCUUACGUGACGGCAUCGAAUGGAACGCUCCCAUGUUACCCGGACAGGAAAUCCCUGGAGUCUUUCAUGGACAGCGCCACUUUGGAGCGGAAGGGGAGACCACACGACAUCAUUUUUAUUGAAGACUAAAUCCGCGCCCUGAAGAGACGACAGCCAUAUCCACAUUUCUAGUGUCCUACAAAAUAUCCAACCAUCCUACGAACUUCUUGUUUAAACAAAAGAAAAGAAAAAAAAAAGGAUUUUACUUUCCUUGUAGAUUUUUUGCACUUUCUUAUUGAAGACUUGAAGAGUUUGUCUUGUUCCAGCGGAGGGUAAUACCGGAAUAUUCCAUCUGAGGAUCCAGAUCGUUGUCACCGAACCAACCUAUAUGCAGCUUCUCACUUUGUUAAACCUUUUCUGCCUUUUUGUUGGUUUUUUGGGAGCUGCAUGCACUUAUUUGGCUCUUCGGACGACAUUAUCUGGUCACGGUGACCCCCCCACCCCCCCGACAUGGUCAUGACUGGAAUACUGAGCAAUUGUUACCGUGACCACAGAUACACGAUGACUGAUAAACAAGUUUCCUGGUGUAUUUUAUUUUUAUUUUUGCCAAAAGCAAGAGCUGCCUAUUGUGCUCGUCUUUCUGUCCACGUAUUACUCAAUAAACAAACUCCGCCCA